AUGCCAUUACUUCGGCGGCAUGAUGCCGCCGAUAACGGUGAAGAAAAUACGAAGAUGACAAUAGAGGAAAUGAAGACGUGUUAUUCUCGACAAGAUGCUGAGACCGCUAUGUUUACUUAUCACUACAUCGAGUUCAGGGAAGAGGAUAUUAAUAUGCUUAAAGAUUUGCUUGCCAAAGUAUCAGGCAGAAACACCACCUGCUUCCCCUUUCGAUUCCACGGAACCCGAAAAAACUUGGACACAGACACUUUGUGGAGGCUUCGUGUUCUCAAGUAUAAAUUAUAUCUAAUCUCUGAUGAUGAUAUACGCAAGAAUAUAGAGGCUAUUAUGAAAGCGUAUCGUUCGGAUCAAUUAAGGAUGACCUAUGAUAAAGUGACUCUCUGGUUUGCCGGACAUCUUGUUUAUGGGCCUAUUCCGAGAGAAGGGUUCGACUUUGGGACAAUAAUUAUGGAAAAUGGACCAGAAUUCUAUAAGAAAUAUGGUCGUCCAUGCACUAUAUGGGCUGAACCGAACACACCCGCAUUCCAAAAAAUGAUUCGAUAUACCAUUCGACCAAAAGAUCAUAUGCUGUGUCGUCAGGCAUAG